UGAACGCGUAAAUAAAUUGCUUCUGCUAACAAAUUAAAUAAUAAAAUUAACAAAAAUUCAUAGUACAACACAGUCCAGCUAGUAAUGCAAUAGUGAACGUCAAAAAUAUGUUAAAAUAAUCGCCAAAACUCGGAACAUAUUGAAUUGGUCCAUAUUAUUUAUUGUUUCAUAGCCUCCUCUAUGUGUGUAGUGUUGCAUUUCAAAAAAAAAAGUUACAAAAAAGCAGAGGGAGUGAAGAAAAAAAAAUAACACAGAAAUUUACUCGUAAAAAUAUUAUCCAUGUGUGAAGUAAAGACGCGAACGACGACAACCACAACAAUCCGCAGUCGACGAAGAACACUUAUUCCAUGUUAAUUCCCAAAUUUAGUUGUAAUUUUCGUAGUUAAUCCACGAACGAAGAAAAAAAAUAAUUAUUCUACACGUAUAUCGCGCGCGCGUGUGUGUGCGUGUGUAAAAUGUCCUCUUGGGCCAGCAAAUCUGGCCUAGGACUGCUCACAUCGUGCUCCCACUCCCAAACGCCGUACCCAAAUCGUCUCGAAAAAGUCAAAUUUGGUGUGCCGCUGAGCGAGGUGUGCAAAAAUGACAUCCCCAGUGCGUUGCUCGUGCUCAUCUUGAAGCUCAAUAAGGAGGCGCCGCUGCGAAAAGACGUCUUUCGGGCACCCGGAAACGUUAGCGCCAUGAAAAAUCUCAUUCACUUCCUGCAAAGUGGUCGGCUCGUCAACGUCGACAACUACAGCGUGUACACGAUCGCGAGCGUACUGAAGAAAUUCCUGCGAAAGAUCCCGGGCGGAAUCUUUGGGCGCGACGGCGAAGCGGAGCUCUUCGAAAUUGUAGAAAUCGACGACGAACCAGUUUCGCAAGAACGCAUUCAUAGACUUUUAAUGUCACUGCCAAACUAUACGCAACGACUUUUAGUGCUCUUAUUCGGCACAUUUCGCACGAUCGCAAGCAAUGCGGAACACGCAGGCACGGGAAUGACAAGCGAGGCGCUGGGAGUCAGUGUCGCCCCGAGUUUCUUUCAGUCGUGCGUGAGUGACGGUAAGACGGCGCGCAUGGAGGAUGUGCUGAGGUUCAAGGUCGCAACGCGAAUAAUGAAACACAUGAUUGACAAAUUUGCCGAAUUUGAUUUAUUUGGACGGGAAAAUUACGAGUACUAUGCGAGAGUUACCGGAAGAGUACUGCGAGUGCAGGACGAAUGGUUUUGUAGUUUCAGAUACCCUCCUCCGCCAUCGGGGAAGACUGCGCAACAAAAUUACGCAUUACAACUAGCAUUAGAAACUGAAAAGACUUGGUUGCAGUGUGAAUGUGAACGACUGAAUGGACUAAUCCAAGAAGAGUCGCAAUCGACGCCGGCUCUACUAACAAGCGGAAAUUCCGUCAUCGCAAACAGUGCCGCUUCGCUCGCUUUGAUACCCGAACAUUCAUUGCUUGAGUCAUGUGCUCGUUUAUCUGUUUCAUUAGAAGGGCCCGGAUUAUUUAACGUGCCAGGAUCAUCGACAUCGUGCUCAUCUACACGCUCAUCCCGUUCCAAUUCGCAUCACAUGACGCUCGAAGAGCUGGAAGAGCUGCGGAACGUAAAUCGGUAUGCCGAAAGUACCAAGUCGCUCAGUUACUUGCCACAGGUACAUGAAAGACAAACAGCUAGAAUGCGAACUAGAAGUGAGUGGUUUUUGGGUGCACGCGGCAGUUCAUUGGAACUCAGUGCACGCCAAUUUAGUUUAUCUACCUCGUCGCCGCCAAUGUCAUCGACACCGGUACCGGGCAGCCUCUCCGCCAACAUUGCGGGAAAUGCUGGCUUAAGUGCAUCUGCGGAAUCCGUAAAUUUCAAGCAACGACAGAGUUUUCGACGCUCGAAGCACAUGCAUCGUUCCUCGUCGCGUCGCAAUAAAGAAAACGGAUCACGUGGUGCCAGCAUUCGUGCCGCCAAAAACCAAAAUUCGCUCAUUGACGCAUCCGGAGCUGCUGCUAGUGUCGUCGGAAGCAGCGGCGGUGCCACGAGCAAACGAACCAAGACCCGCGUUGUCAGUUUCGAGCAAGCGGCAACGUCAUCCGGCAACUCGGAUGCAAAUCCGACGCAGAGUAAAGUCUGCUAUUUCGAUCAUUCUAAAUCCGUGGAUCAGGCUGUCAUUGUCGAACGACGCACCGAAUUUAAUAAUAGUCUCAGUGUAGAUAACGACUUGCUGGUUCACGACUGGCCUAUGACAAUUUUGCCGCCGGCAGCCAAAAGUGAUGUCACACCUUCCAAACCGCCACGAAUAUGAUUGUAAAGCGACUUGUUUUUGUUUUGUUUGUUUUUUUUACGUGAAUUUCACACGUUUUUUAAAUUAAUUUUUUAUCAUUUUUUUAUUAAUCGAAGUAAGAAUCAAUGUAAAAUUUAAAAAAAAAAUCGUUGUAAAGCUAUCAUCGUCGUCGUCGUUUCAUGUUUUAAUUUUUUUUAUAAAUAAAUAUUAAACAUAAGAUACGA